GUGAAUUGGUCUGUCUACUUAUAAAGAAAGUGUGGAGUUGGAGUGAGCUACCAAGGAAGGUGGGGGACGCGAUUUGGGGGGUCGAGGAGGCCGUGUUCCAUAGGCGGCGACUCGCGAUCGGGAGAAGAAGAGGCUCCACCUCAAUGGCGACCCCGCCGAUCCUGUCCUUGGCUCUUCCGUCGGAAACCGGACGAGUUCUCAGUAUCCAGUCUCACACCGUCCAGGGUUACGUCGGGAACAAGUCAGCUGUCUUUCCACUUCAACUUCUUGGUUUUGAUGUGGACCCUAUCAAUUCCGUGCAGUUCUCUAACCACACAGGGUAUCCUACAUUUAGAGGUCAAGUACUUAAUGGAGAACAACUAUGGGAUAUCAUUGAGGGCCUCUCAGCAAAUGAUUUACUAUUUUACACUCACCUAUUGACAGGUUAUAUUGGAUCAGCUUCCUUUCUAAACACCAUCUUGCAAGUUGUAAAGAGAUUACGUGACGUAAAUCCUAGGCUUAUCUAUGUUUGUGAUCCGGUUAUGGGAGAUGAAGGAAAGCUCUAUGUUCCUCCAGAUCUGGUGUCACUUUAUCGUCAGAAUGUUGUCCCUUUAGCCUCCAUGUUGACCCCUAAUCAAUUUGAAGCAGAACAAUUGACAGGAUUCAGAAUAACAUCAGAGAAAGAUGGCUUGGAGGCAUGUAAGUAUCUUCAUGCUGCAGGUCCUUCUAAGGUGGUGAUAACAAGUGUGCAUAUUGGAGAUGAUUAUCUUCUCCUUGGAAGUCAUCAGAAAUCGAAGGGGGAGUCUCCUGAGCAAUUCAAGAUUGCGAUACCAAUGAUACCUGCAUAUUUCACUGGGACAGGUGAUCUAAUGACUGCCCUUUUACUUGGAUGGAGCAAUAAGUACCCCGACAACCUUGAAAAAGCAUCAGAGCUUGCAGUAUCUAGCUUACAGGCUGUUCUUCGGAGGACAUUGGCAGAUUAUAGAGCUGCAGGAUUUGAUCCUCAGUCAAGCAGCUUAGAGAUUCGACUGAUUCAGAGCCAAGAAGACAUUCGUAAUCCCCAAAUUACCCAAAGAGCUGAGAGGUGCAGCUGAUUCGCUAUCAUGAUCAACCAUUUUAAUUUGAACUGAGAAUAAAAUCAUGUCGUGGACUUGUUCAAAUAAACCUUGUAUUUUUAAAACAUUUUACAUUCUUAUUUUUUGCUAUUUUCUCCACAAUGUUGUUUGUUCGCAAGUUUCUGUAAAAUGCUGAUUUGUUCAACGAAUUCGAGAUUGAUUUCAGUUUAAUGCAAAGUCAAAAGGUGUUGUUGAUCUA